ACAUCUGUUAUACAAGUGACUGCAACAGAUGCAGACGAUGCCAACUAUGGAAAUAGUGCCAAAGUGGUCUAUAGUAUAUUGCAAGGACAGCCAUAUUUUUCAGUGGACCCAGAGUCAGGCAUAAUAAAAACUGCAUUACCAGACAUGAGCAGAGAAAAUCGAGAGCAGUACCAGGUGGUUAUACAGGCCAAAGAUAUGGGUGGCCAGAUGGGAGGCCUUUCUGGAACCACAACAGUGAACAUCACUCUGACAGAUGUAAACAACAAUCCUCCUCGAUUUCCACAGAGUACGUAUCAGUUUAGUUCUCCAGAGUCUGCACCUCUCGGAACCCAUCUCGGAAGGAUAAAAGCCAAUGAUCCUGACUUGGGGGAAAACGCUGAGGUGGAGUACAGCAUUGCGGAAGGAGAGGGAGCGGACAUGUUCGAUGUCAUCACUGACAAGGAUACACAGGAAGGGAUUAUAACUAUCAAACAGAAUUUAGACUUUGAAAAAAAAAUGCUGUAUACUUUAAGAGUAGAUGCAAGUAACACUCAUCCUGAUCCCCGAUUCUUACACCUGGGACCUUUCAAAGACACAGCUGUAAUCAAAAUAUCUGUGGAAGACACAGAUGAGCCUCCUGUGUUCAGUAGACACUCCUACUUGAUAGAAGUCGAUGAGGAUGUAAAGGAGGGUAGCAUCAUUGGACAAGUCACAGCAUAUGACCCAGAUGCCAUGAACAAUUUAAUUAAAUACUCUGUUGAUCGGAAUACUGAUAUGGACCGAAUUUUUAGUAUCCACUCAGAAAAUGGCUCUAUUUUCACUCUGAAGCCUCUUGACCGGGAAUCAUCCCCUUGGCACAACAUCACUAUUACAGCCACAGAAAUAAAUAAUCCAAAACAAAGUAGCCAUAUUCCAGUCUUCAUCAGAAUUCUGGAUAUUAAUGAUCAUGCUCCGGAAUUUGCCAUGUAUUAUGAAACAUUUGUUUGUGAAAAUGCAAAACCUGGGCAGCUAAUUCAGACUGUCAGUGUUAUGGACAAAGAUGACCCUCCCCGAGGCCACAAAUUCUUCUUUGAGCCAGUACCAGAAUUUCCUCUCAAUCCAAACUUCACCAUUGUAGACAAUAAAGAUAAUACAGCAGGAAUUAUGACUCGCAAAGAUGGGUACAGCCGCAACAAAAUGAGCACCUACCUACUGCCAAUUUUAAUUUUUGACAAUGAUUAUCCUAUUCAAAGCAGCACUGGCACACUCACUAUUCGGGUGUGUGCCUGUGACAAUCAAGGGAACAUGCAAUCCUGCAACGCAGAGGCCUUGGUCCUCUCAGCGGGCCUGAGCACAGGAGCUCUUAUCGCCAUCCUGCUGUGUGUCCUCAUACUUCUCAUUUUAGUCGUGCUGUUUGCUGCAUUGAAGAGACAAAGAAAAAAGGAACCUCUCAUAAUUUCAAAGGAUGAUGUCCGCGACAAUAUUGUGACGUACAAUGACGAAGGCGGUGGGGAAGAAGAUACACAGGCUUUUGACAUUGGCACAUUAAGAAAUCCAGAAGCAAGAGAAGACAGUAAACUUAGAAGAGAUGUAAUGCCUGAAACUAUUUUUCAGAUAAGGAGGACUGUACCCCUAUGGGAAAAUAUUGAUGUACAAGAUUUUAUCCAUCGAAGAUUAAAAGAAAACGACUCAGACCCAAGUGCACCUCCUUAUGAUUCACUGGCAACGUAUGCCUAUGAAGGGAAUGAUUCCAUAGCAGAUUCACUCAGUUCCUUAGAAUCUCUCACAGCUGAUUGUAACCAGGAUUAUGAUUACCUCAGCGACUGGGGUCCUCGUUUUAAAAAACUGGCUGAUAUGUAUGGGGGUGAUGAAAGUGACCGAGACUAA